CACUUUUAUCCGACUUUCAGUUUGUGUGUUGCCUUUAAUCUAAUAAAUAGUAGGAAGUAGCGUGAUGGUUCCAAUUAAGCUGCUAGUUUCCACAUUGCUACUGCUGUUGUCAGUGCCCUCAUCUGUACUCGGUCAAACGCUUCGCAGUCUCAAUGCAAGAGACUGGUGGGAGCAGUCCGGUUUCUACCAAAUCUAUCCCCGUUCGUUCAAGGACAGCAACGGCGACGGCAUAGGCGAUCUGAAUGGAAUCACUCAGAAAUUGCCGUACUUGAAAUCCCUGGGAAUCAAGGCCUUCUGGUUGUCGCCGAUCUACAAAAGCCCCAUGGCCGACUUCGGGUACGAUAUCUCGGACUUUCGCGAUAUUCAACCGGAGUAUGGGACGAUGUCGGACUUUGAAAAUCUGGUGAGGGAGGCCAAGAAGAUAGGGUUGAGAGUAAUUUUGGAUUUUGUGCCAAAUCAUUCGAGCGACAAACACGAAUGGUUCGAAAAGAGUGAAAACCGAACGCCAGGUUACGAGAACUACUACGUGUGGCACGAUGGAAUCCCGGGAAGUAAUCUCGAUCAAAAUGAACCACCGAAUAAUUGGGUUGAAAAUUUCUACGGGAGUGCAUGGAAAUGGAGUGCGAAGCGGGGCCAAUAUUAUCUACAUCAGUUUCACUACAAACAGCCUGAUCUCAACUAUCGCAAUCCAAAAGUAGUUGAAGAAAUGAAAAAUGUCCUACGAUUUUGGUUAGGUAAAGGUGUUGAUGGAUUCCGUAUAGAUGCCGUGAAUUGGUUGUUCGAGGACAGCAAUUUUCUUGACGAACCCGAGUCGGGAAACUCCCAAGAUCCACUAUCGUACGACUACUUGAAUCACAUUUACACCCAAGAUUUGCACGAAACGGUCGAUAUGGUGUAUCAAUGGCGUGCUGUGAUGGAUGAAUACAAACAGCAGCACGGCGGAGAUACAAGAGUUCUGAUGACUGAGGCGUGGACCAAUCUUUCUACACUGGAGACCUAUUUCCAAGACGAGAACGGCCGGCAGGGUUCACAAAUGCCAUUCAAUUUCCAGUUGAUUCUUCGGUUGGAUAAAGUAAACAAUAAAGCAUCUGAUUUCAAAACCGUAAUUGAUUCAUGGCUCGAUACAGUUCCCGACGGACAUGCUCCCAAUUGGGUGCUCGGAAAUCACGACAGAAGGCGGGUCGCAUCACGCAUGGGAGGCGAACACAUGGUGGAUAUCAUGGAAAUGGUUCAACUAUCCAUCCCGGGAGUUUCGGUAACCUAUCAGGGCGAAGAAAUCGGUAUGACUGAUCACGAAUUAACAUGGGCUGAAACCGUCGAUCCUGCCGCAUGUCUCAGACCACAGGAAGUCUAUCAGCAGUACACCAGAGAUCCGGCGCGUACCCCAUUUCAGUGGGACGGUACAAGCAAUGCCGGAUUCACCACCAGCUCGAAACCAUGGCUUCCGGUUUCACCUUCGUACGUAACGGUGAACGUACAAGCAGAAGAAACUGCUGGCUGGAGUCACUUGAAGGUGUUCAAAGCUUUGAUGCAAUUGCGAGAAGCCAACGAUUUCCGCAACUGUCACUACCAGACUGCAGUUUUGGGAAAUGACGUGUUUGCCAUUCUGCGAUCGGGCCCAAAUGCCGGUCAAUCGGAAGUUUACAUUACGGUUGUAAAUCUUGCGAAUGCGACAGCCACGGUUAAUGUAACUGGACUGUUCAAUCAAUAUAAGACGCGAUCGCAAGAUACACUUUCGGUCGCAGUACAGAGCUUGACGUCCAAACGGUCGAAAGGAAAUUACCUCACAGCUAGUAGCGUGGUGUUGCAACCAUUUGAAGCAUUAGUUCUGCGUAACGCCGCCUCGCUUGUUUUGAGUCGAAUUGGUCUGAUCAUAUUAGCACUUAUGACAAUCUUGAAGUUGAACAAAUAUAUGGACUUUCAUUGAAAAGUAAAUAAAAGGAAUAUAAAUACAUCCCCAUAAAGAUU